AUGCAAAUUCUUAUGGAAAUGCUGUUUAAAGAACCAGAAUUGUUGCUUCAUGCUUUCAUAAAUUCUGGCACCUUUAAACUGCCCCAUGACUUAAUCUUAAGCUUAGUAGAAUCAACAGAUUGGUGGGAUCUUGAAUAUGAUAUAUCAAUAUGGGCUCCUCAUUUGAUUAAUGACUCUUCUGAUCCAGCAUACAAAGAAUUGUUCAAUAAGCUUAAAGAGGACUAUGGAGUAGUCUUACCAGAUACUGAUACUGCUCCCUUUGAGAUUGUUAAAUCACUCAAGCAUGAAUUGAUUUUGGGACAAUUACGGUUGAUGGACCAUGAAGAUUAUUACAAUUUCCCUUAUAUCAUUUCAAGUGAACCUGAGUCUGAAAUGUCCAAAUUGUCUUCAUCUGAUUCAGAUUCUAAACCUGAUCUAGCUUUGAAGGAAUAA